CAACAAUCAAUGGACCAAUAGUUCGAGACCCUUUCAUUACUUGGGCUCGUGGCCUAAAAAGGAACCAGAAAUGGGUAUUCUUGAAGCAUGGAUCCAAAUAAAGCACGAAAAUGGAUCUUCAUAAUUCUUAAAAAGUCCAUAGGCUAAGGGACUCAAGUCGACGCUAGCGAAGCCGUCGAGAUCCGAAACAUCAGAUGAUCCUGUGAUUCUGCUCACCAAAGAUUUGCGAGUGAGACACGAAUUUCUAUUUUAGAUUUCUUCUCGAUGGAUUUUAGCCAGCCUGCAGGGGAAAACUAUGCUAAUCCAAGGACAUGCUUCUUUCAUGUGCUCUUUAAGGCUGCAGCCCUAGCAUUCUACAUACUCUCAGCCCUGUUUGUUGAUAGUUUUGUCAUCAUCUUUGUGGUUACUGUUGUUCUUGCUGCCCUUGAUUUUUGGGUAGUGAAGAAUGUUAGCGGCCGGAUCUUAGUAGGGCUUAGGUGGUGGAAUGAAAUAAAUGAGGAUGGUGAGAGCGUGUGGAAAUUUGAAUGUCUUGAUCAAGAGUCAUUAGCUCGAAUGAACAAGAAGGAUUCAUGGCUAUUUUGGUGGACAUUAUACCUUACUGCAGCUGCUUGGAUCGUCCUUGGAAUAUUUUCAAUCAUAAGGUUCCAGGUUGAUUAUGUCCUGGUAAUCGGAGUUUGUUUGAGCCUUAGCAUUGCAAAUAUUAUUGGGUUCACCAAAUGCCGCAAAGAUGCCAAGAAGCAGAUUCAAGCAUUUGCCACCCAGACUAUUGCGUCCCGUUUCUCAUCUACCAUACAGUCUGCAUUUAGCGUAGUGUGAGUUUCCCCAAAGUGAAAGCUUAUCCAAAUACACAUACAUGUUUUGCUUGACUCAGAUGCUACGAGGCAAGUGAUGUGAGACUUCGUUAGAUUUUUGCUAUAAUCUUCUGCCUAAAAACACAGCUCUUGCUCUUGUUAUUUUUAUUGAGGUUAGUAAGUAGUAGCUGAUAUUGAUGGAACUUCUUUGGAAUUCCUUUUAUUUUGGGAAGUUGUAAAGACAGUGUAAGGGAUGUAUGUAAAGAAAAGAGAGAUGAAAAACAAAUUGUAGAGGUUUAAGAAGUUUUCUGGAAUACGCUUUUUUUCCCUAAUUCAAAUCAUGUGAUCAA